CCGCGUCCCCCCUUCAAUUUGGCAGCUCGCAAAACUUCGUUUAAACAUUUUUUCCUGGUUAACAGAAAUAGCAGCUGGCUAAAAUUGCUUUUGCAGUUUUUAUUAUUGUGUUAGUGUCAUUUUUCUAUUGGAUUAGUUUAUAAGACUUUUAGUGUAUCAAUGUGCUUAUUAAUUGUGUUAUAAAAACCAUUUUUGUGUUGCCGGAAAUACUUCAAGUUAUGGAAAUGCGAGCUAAAAACAUACUUCAACCUGGUGUGGAAAUGGACUCUCAGCAACAACAAUUCUGUUUGAAGUGGAAUAGUUUCGGUAGCAAUCUAGCAACAUCUUUCAGUAAUCUUUUCAAAUCUGAAAGUUUAGCGGACGUUACGUUAUUUUGUGAAGGUGUUACGUUCAAGGCUCAUAAAUUAAUAUUAGCGGCAUGUAGUAAACAUCUAGCGGAUUUAUUUGAAACUGCUCCAUUACAUCAGAAUUUGCUAGUUAUAUUAGAUGGUACAUCGGCCAAUAAUAUGUCUGCGUUACUGGAGUUUAUGUACAAAGGUGAAGUGCAUGUUUCUCAAGAUGCGCUAUCUAGUUUUUUAAAGGCUGCAGAAUGUUUACAGGUAAAGGGUUUAAGUAUCGAACAUGAAAAAUUAGCUGUUGCUCAAAGUCAUACAAAUAUGGACACUUUGGAUUCGCCAACGUCACGAAAACAGUUAAGGGUUUUAAAUGAUGAUGGCGAUGGUACAAAUUUACAGCAGCAAUCUAGCCCGUCCCCAUCCUACUCACCUGCCAUGUCUCCUUAUAUGCACCCGCAUCAUUUUCGACAAUACGAACAAAGAAUAGCAGCCAGUAACAAUACAUCAUUUGAACCCUUGACGAAACGAGCGUUACGUAGUCCUAACGAAUUAUUACAAGAAACCGUACGAGCGUCAGUGUUAAGGGAUGGUAGUAAAGCUGGCAGACCCGGGUCGCCGGGUCCUAUGUCUUUGGCGUACCGUCCUUCGUCGAGUUCGUCCUGUUUGUUAUCUCAACAGCCCGAAGCCGACGGCCCUCCGGAGAAUCGAUUUAAUUCAGAAACAACUGCCACUGCCUUGAUAUGUCCCGAAAGUAAAACGAAUGAGCAGUGUCGAGAUCCCGGAUGUCCUGAAGAUCUUCGAAUGAAAAUAGAACCAUUACUACAGGACGAUCCUUUAUCUAGUACGGGUAGUGCAAAUGGAAAAAAUGGUGCCGCCGCAAACGGUUCCUUAGGUCCACUGUCUAAUUAUGAGAUAGAUAGGGAAAAUUCAGAUCUGAUUCCAGCCAGUUUAUGGAACUCAGUUACGGGAAAAUUAGCGAAAACAGGCUCUGUUACGACACCCGACGGUAAGAAAUUGAAGUGCCCUUUUUGCGAGCGACUGUAUGGAUACGAAACAAAUUUGAGGGCUCAUAUAAGGCAGCGGCAUCAAGGAAUACGUGUCCCCUGUCCAUUUUGUUCACGGACAUUCACUCGAAAUAAUACAGUAAGAAGACAUAUAGCCCGUGAACAUAAAACGGAAUUGAGCAUGAAGGCUUUUCAACAGUCUCAGCAGGCUCACAACCAUAAUCCAUAAGCAAGCACCUGAAUGUUGUUGAUGCACACUGCAGCAUGUGUACAAGGUACUGUAAAUAUUAAAGCCAAAACUUGCAAAGUUAGUAGUUAGUCGGAAUACAUGCUGCAGAUUUGACUUUGUCUGUGUUGUUAAAUAAAUAUGAUAGGUGUUUUUAUACUUUUAAAGUAAAGAGAAAUGUUCUAAACAUUACGAGCUGGUCUUGUUUUACAAAGCAGCUUUUGGGUCAGGACGCUGCAUCGAUUUUUACUGUUUGUUAUGUUCUUUAAUAUUUGUUUGUUUAUUUGUACUUUUACUAUUACUGUUACGAUUUUGCGAAGAGAACAAGAAAAAACGUUGAAACAUUAUAUCACAUCAGACGAAUGAAGGUAUUUUUUCUUGUACUUAUACUUUUCGUAUUACUUAUUUUGCGAGUAAGGCGAUAGGCUAAGAAAUAUUGUAAGUUUUUUUACAUGCCAGGGUGUUAUAAAUAUUACCGUCCUGGUAUUUCAGUGCCCGUACAGGCACUGUCAACCAGUAAACCUACCUCAAACUCAGCUGGCUGCCUCGGUUAUGUAUAAUUUAGUAUCAACUAGUCAUUUAAGUGCAACACAUCCACCGCUAGUAAUAAUAAUAUAGUAUUUAGUUCCAGUGAAAACUCAGGUAAUAGAACGCUUUGCGUAGAUAUAUAUUAUAUACAUACAUAGGUAUAUAUAUUUGUUGCUAUUUAGAAGAUUAUAUUACGUGUAAAAUAUGCAACCUCAAUUUAUAUUUUCGUAUCGUUUUUAAUACUUUCAGCAUUAUAGUUAAAGUAGAUGUUAAAUGUUAUUUAUCUUGUGUUAGUGGCGGUUUUUUAACUUUUAUUUCUUGAAAUUCAAUUUUAGGAGCUUUCGAAAAAACAUCACAAUUUAAAUUCGGUUAACAAAUUUGUAUUUAACAUCUACACAUCUUGUUUAAUGAAAGAGAAAAUGUUUCCGGAAAGAGGUUAGACGUUUAAGGUUGAUAGUCGGUAUUAAUGGAAUGGAACCCUGAUUGUGACGGCGAUAAAUAGUAACAAAUAUGAAGUAUUUUGAUAUAUUUUUUAAUGCCAUAUUCAUCAGUUAAACCAAAUGGAUAUUACUGUUAUUGUACUUUUACUAGUCAUUUCAGUGGUUACUUCAUAAACCUACCUCAUAUAUAUUAUAUACAGUAUUUUUAUUCAAUUUUUCUUAAUCUAUUAUUUACAUUCUAUAUAUAUACCUCAUUUUUCUAUUAUCUAGAUGCCGGUUACUAACAUUGUUAUAAACUUUUGGAUUCUUUAUGAACAAGACAUAUCGCUUAUUUUAUUUUUUUUAGUUUUCUGUAUACUUUGCAUGGACAGUUUGGUCCUUUUUAUAUGAUUUUCAUAUAUCUCAAUAGUUACAAUAGCUUGCAGAGAUUUUUAAUACUACAGAAGGCGCCAACAACAUUUACAUAUUCCAAUAUGUACUACAAUUCAAGAUAUAGUUCAGAUCUGUAAUCCUCAUGUCAUGCAAACUAAUUUUAUUUCAACCUCUUACCUACCUCAGACGUUUCAGAAAAACCGAGUCACACUUGGCUAUACUUUCAUCUAAUUUUUUUCCAAAAGUCGAUUAGCAGCUAUAAAAUGUUGCGUAUACUUAGGCAUCUAGAUAAAAAAAAUAACUUCCUCGGUGUGGUAACCGCAUUCAGAUGGUAUCAGAAAUAGUAACUUAUGGUAGACACAUUUCACUGUUAAAAAAACGCAAGAAAGGAGUCUAAGCUCCUUUUGGGUCCGGAUGCUCAAGUGUAACUAAAUCUAAUAAUGUUAGCUGUUACUUAUAUAAAGAAGUUCAUGUCUCCGAAAUGUAGCUCUGUUGUUCAUAACGUUAAUCUAGCAAUUUGAUUGAUAUUUUGGUACAAAAUUUUGCUUGCAUCUCAUUUUGUUUAAAGCCACAAAUUGCUGGGUUAAUUAAUGAUCUUGCAUAUUUUUAAUGUAAGCAUUGGAAUUACUGUUCUGUGUCCUUAGUUAUUUGUAUGGCAUUCAGGGUUCAGGUAAUCUACAAGUAUGCACUGUGAAUAUUAUAAGUAGCUUUAUUUACAUUUAAUUUAGUUGCCCAUUAAAAUGGUAAAAAUAUGUUUCUUGAAGUCCAAUAAUUUUGUUCGACUAUAAAUUUUAAUUCUAUUUUUAUUAGUUGAUAUUGAUUUAGAAGGAAAAAUAUGCACUAAAUUACACUUGUACGUGGAUACCUUCAAGUUGGAAUGACGAUAUUUCAACAGGAGAAUACCUAAAAAUUGAUGUGAAACUUUUAAUAAUACCUAGCGUAUCUGCAGAGCUUAUUAAGGUAUUUAUAUAAUGAAAUAAAGUACCAAAAGUUGUUUACAUUGUUACGAGUACUAAGUUUGUUACCAAUUUGUAAUCUGCGCUCUACCCUUUCUAGGUAAACUGUAAGCACCUUUAUAAAUAACACAUGUAUGUAUUAUUCUCAUUGAUUAACAAGUUGAGGUCAAAUUUUCUCUUUUAAUUAUGUACAUUUUGUAGGUUUAAUUUUUCUCGAGUGAUCCUGUACUUAACUUAAGUUAUUUAUAUGGUGCCAUAAAGUAUGGGAUACACUUACACCUAAUUAUUAAUGCAAUAAUUUACUUGUAAUUUAAUCUUAGUUACAAACAGGCUGAAUGUAUUUAAAAAAAAUGCCUGCAUGUGUUAUUUAAGUAAAAUGUGACUAUUCCAUUUAUUAACCAUUACAUUUAGUGUGUAAAUAAAAGUAGCAAAGUAGCUUUGUUAUACACACUUGUGUAGAGAUAUUGAAAUCACGAAAACCCGCAAACAUGGUAUAACUGUUUAAUAAGUGGAAUUUUAUAAAUUAUGGUCUAACCGACACCCUUUGCAACUUUAGGAAAUUUCUAGAAAAAAUUUAGAACCUACUUGUCUUUUUGUAUGUUAUAAAAGUGUUUCUAUGUAAUUUACCUCUAACUGGUUAAUUUCUCAAAAAAAGGUGUACUUGGACCAUAAAAAACUUCGUCAUUAAAAAAAUUACAGUGUAAGUGCAUCUAUGUGUAAUAUUUGUUUUUAAAGCAUUUUCAUGUUUAAAAACUAUUUGUCCUAAUUAAUAGUGGCAAUGCAAUGUUAACGACAAAAAAGCAUGACCUUAUUUGAAAAAUCUCAGGUAUAAUCAGGGAUAGCACAUUUUAUAGUUUUUGAAUGAAUGUAUAUAUAGUAAUAUUUUUUGAGGCGUGUGUGAAUGUUACGUUUUGUAUGAAUGGCGUGUGUGUAGUCAACAGUAAACAAAAGUUAUGAAAUUAGAUUACCUCGAAUUAUCAGGAAUUUAUACAGUUUAUACCUCUUGGUCUUAGCAAAACCAAAGUAAAAGCAGUACAAAAACAAAUCUACCUCACAUUUACUUAAAAUUCCAGAAAAUAUAUUUACACAAGUACAAACACUCUUCAAUUUAAAUAGUUGAACUCCAGUUUUUCAUGUUAAUCCACACUCAGGAAUACCUAUGGUACAAACCUCACUUUACAGAAUUUGUUUUGUAAUAAUAAAACAAAUUAAACCUCUAAGAUUAAUAAAUAAAUGUGAUUGCGAAAAUUGAGUACCUAAAUUUACUUCAUUUAGCUUUGUUGAUAUUGUGUUAGUUGAUUUUUCUGUUAAAAGUAGUAAUUUGAUUACAUGUGAAAAUCUGUAAUGUUUAGUGUUUUUUUGUGAAUAAAAUUCACGUUAAAUUAUUAUACUUAAUUUUGAUCUUAGGAGGCGUUACAUUUAUACAACAGUGAGUUAGUUAUCAUACAGACAUGUGAAAAUAUAUGAAAAAGUUAUAUAUAUUAUAUGUAUCCAUAGACAAAUAAUUAAGAAUUGUUGUUGAGAAGUUUUAUUUAUUUUUAGGUUUACUUUAUAAGAUAUUUGAAUGUAUGUACGGGUUUUAGCAAAUAGUAUCCCAAAAAAGGUUUUAAUGCUCAAUGAUGCUGUUACAUUUCAAAAUUUUAAAAUAAAAAAUUACUUUCCAGUGUAUGAGGCGGUAUUGAACUAACACAUUUCGUGUUCCUAGUGCGUCUAACAUUACAUUGUCACAAUUAUUACAUCACAAUGUAAUGUACAGUAAAACUCCUAUUGUUGGGAGUAUAAAUAUCAACUACUAUUGUUGUACAUAAGUAAUUUAAAUAUGAGUAAUUUACUAUGUAUUCAUGUUUGUUUUUCCUUAUUAAUUUUAAUAAACAAUUUGACGUUUAA